AUGACGGUCACGACGACGAGAGCCGCGGCCCACGAACCGGCCGAGCAGCCCAAGGACGAGAUUGGCGCCUCCGAGUUCAUCCGCAAGUACCCGAGCUACGACGGCCGCGGCAUCAUCGUCGGUGUGUUCGACACCGGCGUCGACCCGGGUGCACCAGGCCUUCAGACGACGAGCGACGGCAAGCCCAAGAUGAUUGACCUCGUCGACUGCACCGGCUCCGGAGAUGUGGACACGAGCAAGGAGACCGAGCUCGAGGCCGACGGCACGUUGAAGGGCCUGAGCGGCCGCUCGCUCACCGUGCCUGCAGAGUGGCCAGAUCGGGCUGCGGGCACCAAGUACCGUCUCGGCCUCAAGCGCGCGUUCGAGCUCUACCCGCGGCCGCUCGUGGCGCGCGUCAAGGCCGAGCGGCGGCGGCGGCACGACGAAACGCAGCGGGCCGUCGCCGAGGAGGAGCGGCGCAAGGCUGCACUCGGGCCUCCUCUGACUGCAGAGGGCGAGGCGGGCCUUGACGCCUCCGCAGACCAGUUUCGGAGCCCGGCCCGUAGGCCCCUCCCGACGGCAGAGGGCGAGGCGGGCCGCAAGGGCGCCGAGCUGGCGGCGCGCGUCUCGGCGCUGGACGCGUGCGACAAGGCGUACGAGGACGGCGGGCCGGUGUACGACGUCCUGACGUACAAGGACGAGUCGGGCGUCUGGCGCGUGUGCGUCGACACCAGCGAGCGGGGCGCUCUGGGCGAGGCGGCUCUGCUCGCCCCGUUCCGGGUCGAGGGCAAGUACGGCACGCUCGACGCCGCCGACGCGGCGAGCGGCGCAGAGACGCUAUGCAACUUUGCGGUCGAGGUUGCGGCCGACGGCGCGAGGACCACGCUGUGUGUCGACGCCGGCUCGCACGGCACGCACGUGGCGGGCAUCAUCGGAGCCCACUUCCCGGACACGCCUGAGCUGAACGGCAUCGCGACCGUUGCUGCCGCGCUCGCCGACAUCCAGUACACUUGGUCCUCCCGCGGACCAACCUAUGACGGCCACCUCAACGUGAGCGUCUCUGCGCCCGGCGGGGCCAUCGCACCCGUCCCCAACUGGACGCUGCAGGGCCGCCAGCUCAUGAACGGGACGUCGAUGGCGUCGCCAAACGCGUGCGGCGGCAUCACGCUCCUGCUGUCUGCGCUCGCGGCGCGCGGCGAGCGCUGGUCGCCCGCGUCGAUCCGGCGCGCCAUCGAGACGACGGCACUUCGCACGCCAAACGCCACGGGCAGCGCGGUCGAGGUCUGGGCGCUCGGGCGCGGGCUGCUGCAGGUUGGCGCGGCGCUGAGCUGGCUCGAGGAGCACGGCGGGCACGCCCACUGUGACGUGCGCUUUGAGCUCAGCGCCACGACGCACGGCUGCUCGACCGCCGCGGGCGCGGGUGCGCGCGGCGUCUACUUACGCGAGCCGCAGCACUCGAGCGCGUCGGAGGUUGGUGUCGACGUCUUCGUGCGCCCGAGGCUGCACGAGGAGGCGCCCAACGCACAGCGCGUCUCCCUCGACGUCGGCGUCACGCUGCAGCCAAGCGCGCCGUGGUUGAGCUGCGCGCCGUUCCUCGCGCUCACGCACGGCGGCAAGGGCUUCAACCUCAAAGUGUCGCCCGGCCAGCUUCCGCCUGGCGCGCACUACGCCGAGGUGGCGGGCCACGACUCGUCUUCGCCGCGGCGCGGCCCGCUCUUCUCGCUCCCCGUCACCGUCUGCAGGCCGCACGCGAACCUCGCCGCGCCGCACGCGCCGUGCCACGUCGCCUUCGAGCGCGUCGCCUUCUCCCCCGGCCACAUCGAGCGCCGCUUCGUCGUCCCGCCGCGGGGCGCGACUUGGGCGACGCUGACGUUGCGCGCUCGGGGGGCGCCGCGCUCGCGCGAGCCGGCGGGCAGCGUGGUCUACAUGUACUCGCUCACGCAGCUGCUGCCACAGAAGCACAUCGGCCAGUCGUCUGAGACCCGGCGCGUCACCAUGGGCGUGCCUGACGAGGCGCAGGGGGCUGGCGCGCCGGCGACGGAGUACGUCUCGACCGUCGCGUGCGUC